AUAAAGCCGUUUUCUUUACUUGACGAAAAGGAAUUGCGUCAACCCGUGAUUGUGAUCGAUCGAUCGAAACACAAAAUCGAACGGAUGAACGGUAACACGUGCACGGACCGGUUCUUACACACGUGUACGUUUUUGUGUACUCGGUCGGCGUAGAAACGUGAAAACGGUUGCAUAUUCAUGAGUCCUGAGUUAACGUUACCACGAUGCAUCGUUAGCGUUACGAAUGCGUGUUUCUGGCACGAGCUCUGCAUCAUCGACCAGUUGACACGAGGCUUGUAGCAGUCGACCGAAGAUUUGCAUAGAUAUUGGUAGGAUUGCCAGAGGAACGGAAGACUGCGCAUGAUUGCGGUUCCUAAACGAUGUGCGGGCAAUAGAAACCAAUAAAGGCGCUAAAUAACGCGUACGUCGUAGGAACGUCGCGAGCUAGUCGUACUCGGAAUAAAAUUGAAAUAACGCCAACUGGUGACGGUUACUCCAUGAGAAUAAACGUGACGGCAAUCUUGUUAAACGAGUAUUUUCGCGAUCCUAGCACCGUGAGAACGAAUACUAUGAAGAAAUACUUGAAACAGAACGAAAUUCAACAGGGGAAAGCCACGAAUAACGUCUAAAAUCGAUCUGAAACGAUCUGAAAACGGACCGCGCGAAUUUAGGAAACGUAUUUUUCAUUUUACGAGUACGCGAAACUUUCAGUAACGCACGUUGGCGAAAGUUCUCUCUGCAAUCGCAACGUAGCGAAAAGGAAGGGCGUUCGUGGAUUAGACGAGCAUCGCGAAUAAAGCAGUCGCAUACAAAGGCCAUAAUGGGCACAAUAGCGGCGAAACAGAAACGAAGGAUCCUACGAGAUGAAGUUGGAUUCGACGAAAUCCCGAUCUCGCGCUUAAAUCCUCCGUUCUCAUCAUCCGUUUUCUCGUUACGCCUCUUUCGUAAGAUUAUUCGCGUCUCGGGACAAAUAUAACCGAGCGUGUAUUCAACGAUAUCGUGGCAUCAUUGUACAUUUUCCGCACAACAUCAUACGUUCGUUACCAUAGAAUAAUAUCAUUUCAAUGCCGCUAUAUCUAACUCUCCCCUAAAUACUAUUUAAAAAUUUAACGAGUCCGCCUUUCAGAGGAGACUCGUGCUCGUCGCGACAAUGUGACGGAUUUAUUCUCGCUCGAUAGCUCGAUUCUGCUUGCGUCAUCGACCAUUGAAAUCACGACAUAAUUUGUCACGUGUCAAUAUAUAUUCCCAAAUGUAUUUUUACUUUGUGGUAUCAUUAAAACAAAGUUAAAAAACAUAUCUGUUAAUUACUAGUAACAGAGUCGAAGAAUCUCGAAAUACGGAAUAAUGUUUCUAUAAUUCGGCCAGAGUAACUAAAACUCAAUCGUUUGGAGCCGAUGGUUAAUAGGCUUCUCUGUAAAACAAACCGAACUGAACGCUCCACGAUUGCAGCCGCCAACGAAUCAGCCCGAAUUAAAUACAAUUACGUGGAGCAGAUGACGUGGGAUAGGGCCGCUUGGCUGUUGGCUAGUUACCCGACAAAUUGAUCAAACUGCUUUUACUCGCGUAUCUCCGUCCGUCAUGCGUCCCUUCGGCAACUCGUGCGUAUCAAUCCUGAUAAGCUACACCUGUUACGCUGCGCUGCGUUAUCGAAAUCACAUGUCACCCAAUCGUAAACAAAUCUGACGUACUUGUCAAUUUGUCAUCCGACAUACUUUAUUCCGUUCUCGUAAAAUAAAUAGGGAAGGAAGAUGAUUCUCUGCGAGAUCAAAGGAAACGAAUAUAAAUUGCAGAUUUGUUCAAUAAAAAAUCUGUUUCAGAGAUUCUCGUCUCUCUCGAGAGGAUCAAGAGGGGCGCGCGCGCGUUUGGCAUGCGGGACACACAUAUGCUUUUGACAUUUCGCAUCCGGUAGUAUCGCCAGUCUGCCAGUCAGCGACGAUGACACUUUAUCAAAUCGGUCGCUCCGAAAUGCCGGCAGCGAGCGGGUCGGGAGGAGAGAUCGGCGCCGGAUCAACGGAGAUCGCGCGGAAUGCGAGGAUGCCCGUUACUCGGCGAGCAACCGGAGCCCGCCGAAAGAGAAAAAGAGAGAGAAAGAGAGAACAACAUCGCGCGAUCGCACGCUCGUCGCGUACGCGCCCUCUCCCUCCGUCUCUCUCGCUCGCUCGCUCGUUCGCGUCAGUCGCAUGUCAAACGGGUGGUUUGUCUCACUUACCCGGAUGCUUCUCCAUCUUCGGCGUGGAGGCCAUCGUUGACCGGGGAGGAUCCACGCCAGUUAGCGAGGGCAUCGACGCGACAUGGGCAACUCUGGCGUGAAGCAGCACUACGAGACCGCGAAGAAGACCGGCACGCUGAAGCUGUCGCAGCGCAAACUGAACGAGUUCCCGCAGAACCUACGUGCCUUGGCGCCAUUACUGCGCACUUUGGAUCUCUCCGAGAACAAGUUCACCGCGUUGCCCAACGAGAUCGGUGACUUUACGCUACUGAAGCAGCUAAAUCUCGGGCAGAAUCGACUGACGGCUCUGCCGGGCACGUUGGGCGCGCUCGUGAAACUCGAAUGCCUCACCUGCGCGGAGAAUCAAAUCAGAUCGGUCCCGUCAUCGCUGUCGAAACUGAGCCACCUGAAGCAAGUCUAUCUGUCCGACAAUCAAAUCUCCGAUUUCCCGCUGAUGUUUUGCGGCCUCCGGCACUUGGACAUUUUGGACCUGUCUAGGAAUCGGCUAACGAUCGUGCCCGACGCGGCCUCCGACCUCCACGUAACCGAAUUAAAUCUCAAUCAGAAUCAGAUCGCCACCAUUUCCGAGAGACUGGCGGACUGCCCGCGGCUGAAGACGUUGCGAUUGGAGGAGAACUGUUUGCAGCUAAGUUCAGUGCCCCUCAAGAUCCUCAAAGAUUCGAAGGUUUCGGUGUUGGCGCUCGAGGGAAAUCUCUUCGAGAUGAAACAGUUUGCGAACCUGGACGGUUACGACACGUACAUGGAACGUUACACGGCGGUGAAAAAGAAGAUGUUUUAGAAGAUCUCCGCUGUCGAGAAAAACACGAAUUUUGUUACCUCGAUAUAUAUAUAUAUAUAUAUAUACACAUGUAUAUGGCGUUUUUAGAUAAUAAUUUUAUCGUCAGUUCAAGAACCAGCAGCCGAUACAAAGACAUUCCGAAAAUUAGAGGAUGAUAUACCUAAAUCUACACGAUGUUUAUAGAAACUUGUACGAUUUGGAAAUAUUUUCUUUUUCACACGAUCAUCAAAUCAAAAUAAAUCAUGGCAGCGUUUUACGAAUGAUUCAUAAAUAAUCAUAAUCGGAAAACUUUACGUUGAUUUAUUUCGUUUAUUACUUUCGAUUUGUUAAAAAGAUUUCGAUGAAUAUUAAUGAUAAAAACAUCAAAAGGACGAGGAGAUAACACAUUAAAAAAAAUAAUAAUAAAUUUAAACAAUCCGCGAUUAGAGAGAUUCACAAUGAGCCUUAUACACAUUUCGAGGCUUUGUUUUACAAAGUACAAGUCUGGCAAAAUUUGCACUUUAUGCAGUUGUUAUUCGAGUAAAAAAUCAACAAAAAAAUUCCUUCGCAAAACGGGGACUCUAUGUAUGUAUAAAGUCAAAAGUCAUUUAACUCUAUUAAAAUAUAUAUAUGCAAGUUACCAUGUGUAUUAUGUAAUAUUUACAUAUUUAUCGCACAUAAAACACACAUAUUUUGAACAUUUUUCGAAUUAUGUAUUUUCGUGUACAUUUUUUAACGUGACUGUACGUAACUUUAAUACUCGCUUAUUCCUCUGUUAGAACUUUAUGAAAAUAAAAAUUGUGUAUUUAUUUUUAUUCUAUUUUGCAUUGUAUAUUAUUCGUAUUCGUGUUGGUCUAUUAUAUACAAAAUAUAUAUCACUGAGCGCCGAUGAAUUUGCUAAUAAAUUCUAACAAUGAAA